UUAAUAUCACGACACACCCACUUUACACAACAAGGCAAGGUCUUCUCGAUCACUUGUCUUUGUUUUUUUGCUGGCGCUUUUGGUACAAAAUGACUGCUGAUCCAGCCCGUGUACGGCUAGGAAGGAUCCGAUGCCUAACAAAUACUGUAGAGAGCAUGAAGAAAGGCAAUCCACUGCCUCGACCUAUCUGUUUUGUGCCCAAGAAAGUUGUUUUUGAACUCUCAGAAGCGAAAGACUCAUUGAAAGUUUUCGAAGAAAGGAAAAGCGAUUCUAAAUUGAUCGAAAAGCUUUCCGAUGGCAAGUUCACAUGUACUGGAUUGCCGAUAUUCACUAACGAAGGAGGUUGGAUGAAAGUAGUUACUCCCUACGAAGGCUGGGUGUUGAUUCAACCGUCAAAAUGGGGCAUCAAAGGAAAAUUGAAGCAUGUUUCCGAAACGUCUUCUUCGAGCAAAAAAUCGAGUGAUGUACCUACUAUCUGGCUAAAAAUGGUUGAACGAAUGUGCUCACUCCAAAUAGUCAAAAACCAGCAAAUAUCGAAUUGUGACGAAGAAGAGAUGACACUUUUGCAAACUCCCCCACCUGGUUGGAAUCUGGAGGCGGAUGAGGAGCUAGCCCAAUACCUGACAAAGUACCUAAAGAUCUCAGAUAUGGGUUCAGCAGGAAAAGGUGGCGAGCAUUUCUCUAAAGUUGAGGUAUCCUCUGAGGAAGACGGUGUGAACGAUAUGUUGGAUCCUGAUUUCGAAGAAAAAUAUUGGGAAUCGGACGGGAGCCAAGGAGAACACUGGGUCCGGUUUCACAUGAAGCCAGGCACGCUAGUCGAGAAAUUCAUUCUCCAUGUUGAUCCAGAUGAUGGCAGCUACCUUCCUCGCCGUGUUGUGAUCAAAGCCGGAUCUAUUGGUGACUUGGUUAACAUUGGAUCGAAAAACUUUGGUCUGCGUGACUACGAAAAGAAGGAUCUCCACUUGCUGACAACCCCACUGUCUGUGUGCUACCCUGUAAUUGAGGUGUGGAUCAAAUCCUGCAAUCAAGGUGGUAUUGACACAAGGAUUCGUGGCGUGACUGUUAAAACCCACUCGGCUGAGCCCAUAUUCCUUGAAUCUGAAGCCCUCCCUGAAGAUACGUUUACUGACGAUCGAAUUGCAUGCUUCCCAAAGCUCCAGCCAUUCUCUCCAAAGCAACUUUUCUACCGAGGACUGGCCCUAAAACGAGCUGCACACUUGCUCAACUUGGAUUUGAUGUACCUUCUCCCAAGGGUCAAAAACAUGUCCAGCCAACUCGAUAGCACCAUACGAACGAUUCGUCAACUAUGGCCCCUCUGUUCAAAACGAAACACUAUCGUCUCGGAGCUACUUAGUGCCACAAGUACCAGCUCCCCCUCAAGGCCUGUGCUAUUCAUAAAUCGAAUUGCCGCUAAAGAACAUAAAGAUGAUCCAUCCAAAGACCUCGAGUGCACGAAGACGGUAUUUAUUCAGAUUAUGAGAGAGCUCAAGAAGCACACCAAACCGUCAAGCUACACCUUUCAGUGGGCCGGUCAUUGGAGCCAGUGGUGGGAGUGCAAGUUCGCUCUAGAAGGAAUCAUCGACCAAGGAGGUGGUUUUCGAGACUCGCUCGCUGAUGUUGCCGAAGAACUUUGUCCGAGCAGUCAAGAUGUGGAGGUAUCUCUUCCUUUAUUCAUCCGCAGCCCCAACCAGAGUCAGGACUCCUCGAAUGUCUAUCGGGACGCCUACAUUCCAAAUCCGAGCUGUACGCUGUACUCUCAAUACCAAUUCGUUGGUCAGCUUAUGGGUGCCAUGGUAAGAAGCCAGGAGAGUCUUGUCCUUUCCCUGCCACAGUUUGUCUGGAAGCAACUUGUUGAGGAUCCUGUAUCUUGGGCACGAGACUACAUCUCUGUCGAUUCCGCUGAAUUGAAGCUAAUUGAUUCGAUUGAAACGAUGAGCCGUGAGACAUUCGAAUCGUCUUUUGAAGGUGCCCUCAAGUUCACAGCUGUCCUCAGCGAUGGUGAAACAGUGUCACUAUGUCCUGGAGGCGCUGAAAAGCUAGUCACUUACGACAACCGAAAAGAAUACUGUGAAAUGGUAAAGGUCACGCGUAUGGAUGAGUCAAAGAAACAAAUUAAUGCGAUCCGAGAAGGCCUUGUGAAGGUAAUUCCCUCUGAAGUGCUUGGUCUGCUGACUUGGCAAGAGCUCGAAAUUCGAGUGUGUGGAAAUCCGGAGAUAUCUGUUGAGGCAAUGAAAAGGUCGGCACGAUAUGAAGGUGACCUCAAAGAGAACAACUCUCGAGUGCAGAUGAUGUGGGAUGCCUUAGAAAAAUUCACGAAUGAAGAACGAAGUCGACUCCUUCGUUUUAUCACUGGUAGAAGACGCCUACCGUGUACUGUCUACAUUGAUACAGCAGAAUCUGGGAAUGGAAAAUUACCAACUUCAGCCACUUGCUCUAACACCCUUUAUCUGCCAAAGUACAGAAAUGUGGAAGAAGCUGUGGAAAAACUGAGAUAUGCUGCCUAUAACUGUGUUGCUAUAGAUACAGACAUGUCCCCAUGGGAAUAAACUUUUGUAGUAGGUUUAUAGUUAGGUAGAUACUGUUGAGUUAGCUAUAUAGCAUUACUUAUUGAUUUAUACGGUUCAAUGUGGAUAAUUAGUUAUUAUUUUACCUUUAA